GUAACAGAUUGUCUGCAUUGCGAGAAGUUUUCUACUCACUGCAUCAUGCCAGAUCCUGCUAAAUCCGCGCCAGCCGCAAAGAAAGGCUCUAAGAAAGCGGUUACCAAGACGCAGAAGAAAGAUGGUAAAAAGCGUAAGAAGUCAAGGAAGGAGAGUUAUGCUAUUUAUGUGUACAAAGUGUUGAAGCAGGUGCACCCAGACACCGGGAUAUCUUCCAAGGCCAUGGGCAUUAUGAAUUCGUUCGUUAACGAUAUCUUUGAACGUAUCGCAGGAGAAGCGUCUCGCCUGGCUCAUUACAACAAGAGAUCGACCAUCACUUCCAGAGAGAUCCAGACUGCCGUACGCCUCCUACUGCCCGGAGAGUUAGCCAAGCACGCAGUGUCUGAGGGCACCAAGGCUGUCACUAAGUACACCAGCGCCAAGUGAUCAUGAUCUGACCAGCGACCCGAAACAACCCAAAGGCUCUUCUAAGAGCCACCCACAACAACCAUAACAGAGCUGUAUGAACUUUUUUGCUUGAUGUACUGUUUUAAGAAACUAGUGUGAUAUGACUGUGAUUGUUCAUAUUUUAACCCUCAGGGUUUUUAUGCAACGAGAGUUCUUUAAACAUUUGUCAUACACUUCAUUUUUAUAUAAAGCUUUUAAAAACCAGAAA